AUGGUGCUAGAAAUUGACGAGGUAAAAAAAAUUGCCAAGCAGAUCACAUCGGCUAAUGACAAAAGGCAUUACAAUUCAAUAAUCAAGCUUAUAAAUGGACUUACAGUAGAAGACACUUCUAUACUUAAAGAGGACUCUGUGGAGAGAAACAUCAGGUUUUUAACUGUUGCAGUGCACCAGAUCUUCAAGAAGCUUUUUGAUCGCGGAGACCUGACUUUAGAUUCUGCUACAAGACGUAACAGAGAGCUGUUACAGUUUACGCAAUGGUUGAGAAAGGCAUAUGAAAGUUUUAAGAGGAAAAUUCUACUUCUGAUAGCCGAGACACCAUUUGAGACUUCAUUGGCCUUGGAUUGUCAGGAUGUAUAUAUUCAGCUUUUGGAAUCAGAGUCCAUUCAUUUUGCUUCCAACGAGGAUACGCCUUUUUUCCCGAAUAAGAGCUUGAAAAAUCUAAUUGUUGCAUUGUGGCAAUCUGAUCUUGCUGAAACAGAGCAGGACACACGAACUGGUCAGUCGGAAAACACCAUUCUGAAGGAGUUUCUGGAAAAAUACUACAGUUCCUACGUGGAUAUACAAUACUAUUUUCAGACAGAGUUCAAGCAGCUUUUGGAAGAUGAAAGGGAGAAGUACACUAGUAAUAAAAGCAUUGCUAAAUGGUUGACCCUUGUGAAUAACCAUUGCCAUUGUUCGGAAUCUAACAACGAACUAGAAGUAUUUGUACCAAACCCACCGACCGCAAUUAAUAGUGUUUCAAAGUACAAAUCUAAUAUAGAGAAAAACUGGUUAGUUUUAUUGGGAGGAGAGUUAUCUUUGCAACAAUACAAGACAAUAUUACUUGUACUUCAUAAAAGAAUCAUUCCACAUUUUCAUGAACCCACAAAAUUGAUGGAUUUUUUGACAGAUUCAUAUGACCUGCAAGCCACUGCUAAUUCUGGUGACGUUGUGCCUAUAUUGGCACUCAACGGGUUGUUCGCAUUGAUUCUUCGAUACAAUCUAGAAUACCCUAAUUUUUACGCAAAAUUGUAUCAAUUACUGACUCCCAAUUUAUUUCAUGUAAAAUAUAGAGCAAGAUUUUUCAGGUUAAUGGAUACCUUUCUAGCCUCAACUCAUCUGUCCGCACAUUUAGUUGCAUCAUUCAUCAAAAGACUUGCAAGACUGACCUUAAGUGCCCCACCAGGUGCCAUUGUUUCGGUUAUUCCAUUUGUCUACAAUCUUCUGAGGAAACAUCCUAGUUGCAUGAUUAUGUUACACAAUCCGGCCUUCAUUUCGUCACCAUUCAUGUCCACGGAUGAUGUGCAAAAAUUAAAGAAUUUAAAAGCAGACUAUCGUGAUCCUUUCGACGCUUCUGAACCUAAUCCAGAAAACACCAAGGCUUUAGAUUCGUCCCUUUGGGAACUUGCAACUUUAAUGGACCAUUACCACCCUAAUGUCGCUACUUUGGCAAAGAUGUUUGGCCAACCAUUUAGAAAACUAAAUUACAAUAUGGAAGACUUUCUUGAUUGGAGCUAUGAUUCAUUACUAGCCGCUGAAACAUCUAGGAAAUUAAAGGUUUUGCCUACGCUGGAGUACGAGGCAUUCGAUAGACUUUUCGAGGACGACGACAUCGAAGAAAAGAAAUCAUUUCUAGCUGGAGUUACUUGGUGA